UAUCUCUCUUAGUUCAAACACAUCCUCGCUUUUUCUUUCACAAAGCUGUCUUUUAUCAUUGUUUGGCUCCCCACUGUCUUUCACACUCGGUGCCCUUUCCGCUUUUUAUUCCAAACAAAGUUUUUCCACACAAUUGACAAAUUUUCUGAAAUUUUACUUACUAAAAUUCAUACUAAGAUUGGGGACUCUUGUAAUCGAUCUACUAUUGUUCAUCCUCUUGCUUUUUAUUUCACAAAGCUGUCUUUUGUCAUAGCUGUCUUUCAGAGUCGGUGCCCUUUCCACUUCUCAUUCCAAACAUAGUUUCCCACACAAUUGGGAAAUUAUCUGAAAUUCCUUCUCGAUCAAUCUUUUGUUCUCUUGAUAGAAAUCAAGAAGACCAGAGAGAAUGGCUGAGAUUGCAGUAGAAUUUCUACUCAAUCACUUAACCAACUUCAUUCAACAAGAGUCAAGCCUCUUGGGAGGAAUAAGGGAAGAAGCUGAGUCCCUCAGAUAUGAAUUGGAGCACAUGAAGGAUUUCCUCAAAGAAGCUGAUGCAAAUGAAUUCAAUAACUCAGAGCUCCAAGUAUGGGUUAAACAAGUGCGUGAUGUUGCCCAUGACAUGGAAGAUGUUCUUGAUGAAUUCAUGCUCCACAUCGCACACUAUCAUGGGGAUGGAUUCUAUGGUUUUCUUUGUAAUAUUUGCUCUUUGAUUAAGAACUUGAUAGCUCGCCAUCAAAUUGCAUCUGAGAUAGGCAAAAUAAAAUCCAGAGUCAACAAUAUACAUCAAAGCUACCGACAAAGACUCAGCAUCUCUGAGCAUGGAUCAAGCUCCACCUUUGACAACAACCCAAGGUAUGAUCGUCGAGGUGAUGCACUUCUAGUGGAAGAGGCUGAGCUUGUUGGGAUGGAUGGGCCCAAGAAACAGCUGAUUAGGUGGCUUCUGGAGGACAGUCCAAGACUCAAAGUUGUUUCGGUGGUGGGGAUGGGGGUAUGGGAAAAACCACCCUAGUAAAGAAAGUCUAUGAUGAUAUGGAGGUGAAGAAUCGUUUCCAAUGUCAUGCUUGGAUCACUGUUUCUCAAUCAUUUGAUCUCAGAGAGCUUCUCAAAGAUGUAAUGCGAAGACUCUUCAAUGAAGCCAAGCAACCUGCCCCUCAAAGAUUGGAAACCAUGGGCAUCAAUAACUUGAAAGCGGAAAUCAAAGAUUUCCUUCGACAGAGAAGGUACGUGCUUGUUUUAGAUGAUGUAUGGCAAAUAGAUGCAUGGAAUGCUUUUAAAUAUGCAUUCCCUGACAACGAUAGUGGCAGCGGAAUACUGCUCAUGACCCGCAUUGUUGAUGUAGCUUCUACUGAUGACAUCUAUACUAUGGAACCAUUGUCCUCGGAAGAGUCUUUGACUCUGUUCUGUAGGAAGACAUUCCGAGGCAACCACUGCCCUCAAUAUUUAGAGAAACUCUCACAAAGUAUCUUAGAAAAGUGUGAGGGCUUGCCACUUGCAAUUGUGGCAAUUAGUGGUGUUUUGGCUACGAAAGACAGAAAUACAUCCCAUGAAUGGGAAUUGUUUCACCGUAGCCUUGGCGCUCAGUUAGAAGGCCACGGCAAACUUGAGAGUGUGAAAAAGAUACUCUCUCUCAGUUAUUAUGAUUUGCCUUACUAUCUAAAAAUAUGCUUCUUGUACUUGGGUUUAUUCCCUGAGGAUUACGUGAUUGAGCGUAUGAGACUGAUUCGACUGUGGAUCGCAGAAGGAUUUGUGAAAGAUAUUUCGGAAUGGCAAUGGAAGAAGUUGCUGAAGGCUAUCUCAACGAGCUUAUUAAUAGAAGCUUGGUCCAAGUGGCAUGGAUAGAUGGUGUUGGAAGGCUGAGAGAGUGUCGCAUCGAUGACCUUUUCCAUGAAGUAAUUACUUCAAAGUCAAGAGAACAAAACAUUGUUGCCAUGGUAAGCAAAGAAAACACAAAAUUGCCGGAAAAAGUUCAGCGCCUGUCAAUUCAAUAUACCCUGGGGAACUUGCAGCAUACAAAUCGUUUUCCUCAACUCCGUUCAUUGCUCAUGUUUCAGUGGAAAAACCUAUAUCCAAAUCGUUGAAUCCUAUAUUAUUCAUUGGUGGGGUUAGGUUGUUAAAGGUUUUGGAUCUGAGGGGUGCUUCUUUGGAGAAACUUCCAGAUGAAGUUAGCAAACUAUUUCAUCUCAGGUAUUUAAGCUUGAGGAAAACAAGGGUUAUAACACUUCCGAAAUCCAUAGGUAAACUUGAAAACCUUGAAACUUUGGAUCUCAAAAACAUCUAUGUAACUGAGUUGCCUGUUCAGACCUUAAAGCUCCAGCGUCUUCGUCAUCUCUUGGUGUACCGUGACUUUAAAGCAAUAGUGGGAAUAGAAGGUUUGUCUUCCUUACAAAAAUUGUGUUAUAUUGAAGCCAACCGUGAGAAUGGUAGAAUUGUAAUGGGAGAGCUAGGGAGACUGACCCAGCUGAGGAGAUUGGGGAUUAGGGAGUUGAGAAGGGAGGAUGGGAAGGAUUUGUGCUCCUCUCUUGAAAAGCUGAGUAACCUUCAAUCAUUGAACGUUUUUUCUGUAAAAGAGGAGCAGAUUGUUGAUUUUUGAACACUUGUCUUCUCCUCCUGGGUCUCUUCAACGGCUCUAUUUGUGGGGACGUUUAGAAAAUUUGCCGCAUUGAAUAACUUCUCUUCAUAACCUGGUGAGAUUGCGGCUUGCGUACAGCAAGUUAAGGGAUGAUCCAUUGCAAUCCCUUCAAGAAGUUGCGUUUAGCAACUUCUCUAUUUCUGAUAGAAAUUUUACUUUUUGAGGCUUACCCCUUAGAAGGGAGGAAUUGUUUAUCGAAGCGACAGGGUUUCAGAAGCUUAAGAUAUUAAAGCUUUACCCCUUAGAAGGAUUGAGGAGGGUGAGAAUGGAGAAGGGAUCAUUGCCUCAUCUUGAAAAGCUGAUUAUUAGGAACUGUAAGUUGGUGGAAGAGGUACCCACACCCACUGGCAUUCAACAAAUAUUUAUCAGAUAAAUUGAAAAUGACACUGGAUCGAGACAAACAGGGUGGGGAUUAUUGGAAAAUAGCACACAUCCCCAACAUUCAUAUAUCUUGAACUUUCCUGGAUAGUCGUUGGGAAGGAGAUUAUGUAGAGAGAGAGAUAGAGAAGAGUCCUUGCAAAGUUGAGAUCAUUAGUAUUGAUCAGGAUAACUGAUUCGGAGUAUUCCUGGAAGGCAGUUGGGAAGGAAAUUAUAUAGAGAGAGAAAUGGAGAAGAGUCCUUGCAAACUUCUUGUUGAGAUCAUCACUAUCUAAUGUUUUUAUUUUAUUUUUAUGAUUAAGUUGUUGUAUAUUGUGUUACAUUAUACAAUUUAUUAUGUUUGGAGGAGAGUAGUACAAGCAACAACAUUUCAUUUAUUGUGUUUUUGGAAAAUGCAAAGUUGUUGUUGAGAUCAUCACCUACUGUUCUGAGUUUAUAUUUAUUCAUUGUUAAUUUUUAUGUAAUGCAUUUCAUUUUGUAGAGACAAUGUAUAAAAAAAGUCAAAUUCAAGAACUUGGACUCCAACAAUACUAAGAAGGUUGUCCAAUUGUGUAAUCUGGAUAAAUAAAA